AUGAGCUUCACCUUACCAGUCAACUUCUCCUAUGACGAUCCCCUACCGUUCACUUGUAAAGAGGACCCUGAUGUGGCCUAUUCCAUUUUUAUCUACAUUUUUCAAGCUAGCUAUCUAGUUCUUGGUGCUACUCUGAAUAGUCUAAUUAUUCAUACAAUUUUUAAAUCCAAAAAUAAGGAAAAGUAUCGGAGCAACUCGUUUUAUUAUCUCUACACCUCGGAGGCAAUUAUGAGUAUCUAUGACUCGUUAGUUGCUGCAUUCUUUAGCCGCCUUGUUCUAAGAGUCUCUCCUUUGUGUACAAUUUUAUCUCCAUUUUUCUUCACCCCAUCUAUAAUCACCAAAGCCUAUUACGCUACGUACAACUACAAUUUGGCAUUCAAGACUAUUUCACAAAUUGUGAUAAGUUUUAAUAGAAUGACAUGUGUUGUACUACCAAUUCGACAUGCAACGUUAUGGAAAAGAAUACUGAAGCCGAUACUGAUCAUUCAACACCUGUUCCCUCUCGGCGUAAUCUGGAAUAUUCUACUAUCAAGAGUGUAUACUAAUCCAAGUGGUUACGGGUUUUCUGUCAACUACAAGGCAGCGAUUCCAUGGGCCAACGUUUCUCUUCUGAACCUGUUCCACUGUAUCCCAUGUGUUGUACUGGUUACCAUAUUUUUUAUAGUUACUAUUUAUGGCCUAACAAUGUUGGAAUAUAGAAUCAAAAAUGUUGAGCGACACCUGACAAUAUUCACAUUAAUAAUGGGUUUGCAGACGACGUUGUUCGCAUUUACACAGAUCUACUUUGCCUUCCUCGCCACCUAUAUCCCAAGUAUUCGCGGGUACAUACUCUUACUCGCAUUCCACAUAUUCGAUAUUCUCCAUGUCUACAGCCCGAUAGCACUCCUAAUAUCAAAUCGAGAAUUAAGAAACGACAUUUUCAGAUUGAAAAAGGAGAAUGGAGGGUAUGCAGCUGGCAACAAUGAGAUUUUAUUUUCAAAAAAAUAA